AUGCUGCAGGAGGAAGUAAAGAAGAAUCAACUAAAAUGCCAAGACCCCAAACCUGAUGAUGAUAAAGAGGACGCUGCUGGAGCAACUACCAGUCCCCUAAAACAGGACCCGUUUCCAUCCAAUAGCCUUUAUUCAAUUCCCAAAGCUCUCCUGGUCCCAUCAAACCUAGGAGGGCAGCCUAUCUCCCUGGAAAUGGCAGUGGAACUACGAAAUAUGUUAUUUGGAAGCAUAUUCCAAAUCUUCAGCUAUGAAUGGACAAAGGCGUAUUUUAGAUUUCAUGAGCCAGGUGCUGACCUGGCCUAUGCACUGAAAAUAGAUAAGGGUGGAGCAAUAGCUAUUCAGAUGGCUGUUCAGGUGAACAUCAUUAAAUACUUACUGUUUGUACAGAAUAAAGAGGAAAACAUCCAUCUUCAGAGUUUAUGUGAAUUAAGCCAAAAAGAACAAGAGAAGGCUCUUGUGGCAGCUCUGACAGGUAUUCUAUGGACAGCAGGAGAAGGUCAGAAAGCUACCAUCUGCCUUGUCAGCAAUGAUACUUAUUGGACUCCAAGUAUAGACUACAGAAUGGAUAACAUUACUGAAAGAGUUCGACUGUUUGACUUUUUUGAGAAAGAAGCAGCUGAGAAAUUUCUCUGUGAUCACAUCCACUGUGCAAUUCUGAAUAUCAUUUUAAAUGGCAAAGCAAGCCCGCAUGUGUUUAAUGGGGUCCAGAAACUUGACACUGAAGGCAGUGUGCAAAAGCUGCUGCAUGGAGUUUCGUCCCGCAGUGAGGUGGGUUAUUUACACUGGAGCAAGGAUGAAGUGGAGAAUCACCAGCUUUUACAGGUUGGAAGCAUGCUGAAGACUCCAAAACUGCCUAUUUGGUUGUGCAACAUCAAUGGGACGUACAGCAUCCUUUUCAGCACUAACAGGUUGCUCUUGUCUGACUGGAAAAUGGAACACCUUUUCGAUUUGUAUUGUUACAAUGGGCAACCCUCGCAGAAGACAACAGUGCAUCUCACAGUAGACACUCAUUCUCACCACUGGGAAGAAAAGCACUGUGAAGAAGGAAGUAAUGCAGAAAAGAGAGUUCCUUCUGUGGAAAUGGUGAUCCGAACUAAAUGGGAGGGGGCUGCCAUCAACUGGAAUGGGACCAUCCCCUUCUGA